AUGCCUCUCCACUACCUCCGCCAGCUGGCCCGGCCGGUCUCCGUCCUCGCAUCCGCCUCCGUCCACCGGCCCGCUGCCAUUGCAGUACCGCGCAUCGCCGCGCCCUCUCCGAUCCUCGCCGCCGCAGCGCGCAGCUUCAGCGCCAGCUCCGCCCGUAAUGCCACCUACAACCAGGUCCGCCGUGGCUGCCGCCAGCCGCAGCCUGCCCGCAAGCUCACCUCGCCCCAAUUGAAGGACCGCCCGGAGAUGAAGGGCGUCUGCGUCAAGGUCGGAAUUACGAAGCCCAAGAAGCCCAACUCGGGUGAGCGCAAGGUUGCUAGGGUGAGGUUGAGUAAUGGAAAGCUGGUGUGGGCAUACAUCCCAGGUGAAGGCCACAAUGUGCAGCAGCACUCUGUUGUCCUGGUUCGUGGUGGUCGUGCCCAGGAUUGUCCCGGUGUGAGGUACAAGCUUGUUAGAGGUGCUAUGGAUCUGGGUGGUGUUGGUAACAGGCUUACUUCGAGAUCGAAGUACGGUACGAAGAAGCCCAAGACGACUUGA